AUGGACUUAGUAAGAAAAAUGGUAUCAAAAAAGAAAAGACGUUUUGAAAUGUAUAAUUUUGAUCUUGAUUUAUCAUAUAUCACAGACAGAGUUAUAGCAAUGGGUUUUCCUAGUGAAUCAUUGGAAGGAUUAUAUAGGAAUAGAAUGAGGGAUGUCCAAAGAUUUUUCAAUACAUUACAUGCAGACCAUUAUAAAGUUUAUAAUCUUUGUUCUGAAAGAAAAUAUGAACAUUGCAGAUUUGAAGAUAGAGUUAGUGAAUAUCCAUUUGAUGAUCAUUGUCCACCAACUUUAAAUAUAAUUUCAGAAUUUUGUAAUGAUAUGGAGAUGUGGUUGGAUCAAAAUCCAGAAAAUGUAGUUGCAGUUCAUUGUAAAGCAGGUAAAGGUAGAACUGGUACAAUGUUAGCAUGUUGGCUAUUAUAUAAUAAACAAUGUCAAACUGGAUCAGAGUCAAUGAGAUUAUUUGCAAAUAAAAGAACACACAAUAGUAAGGGUGUAACAAUUCCAAGUCAAAUCAGAUAUGUUAGAUAUUUCGAAGCAUUACUACAAUAUGGUAAACCAAUACCAAAACCACCAUCAAUUACAAAAGUUUUAUCAAUGAUAAAAAUGAAUUCAUUACCAAAUUUUAAUAUAGGUGGUGGUUGUGAACCAUAUUUAUCAAUUGUUCAACAAGGUAAAUCUGUAUUUUAUUCAAAACCAGUUAAAUUAAAAAAAGGAACAAUUCAUCAACAAGUUGAAUUAGAUUGUGGUAAUAUUUUAUUAGUUAAUGAUGUUCAAAUUCAAUUUUUUAAUAGAAAUUCAAAGGGUCAUAUGUUUAGUUAUUGUUUUCAUACAGCAUUUAUUGAAGGAACUAAAAUUCAUAUAAGAAGACAAGAAAUUGAUAAAGCACAUAAAGAUUUAAAACAUUUCCAUAGUAAUUUUUCAAUUGAAUUAAUAUUUUUAGAGGAUGACAGAGAUGAUGACUCUAGUUCAGUUUCAGAAGAAUCUGUUGAAGAAAAAAGAGUAUUCAAUACUUCUUAUGCAACUGGUUUAGCAAAAUUAUAUCAUAAUAGUAAUAGUAAUAAUAAAUCAUUAACAUCAUCAACAUCAUCAACUUCAAAUUUAUCAUCAAGUACAAAUAAUACUUUUGAAAUCAUUUCAAAUAAUAAUAAUAAUAAUAAUAAUAAUAAUAAUAAUAAUAAUAUUAAUAGUAAUAAUAAUAAAAUUAACGAUGAGAAUUCAAAUAAAAAUAAUAAUAAUAAUAACAUUAUUAAUAAUAACAGUUUUUCAGCUUGGGGUAAUAAUAGUAAAAUUGUUAAAAAUAGAGGAUCUAAAUUAGCAUUUAUUUGUCCAAAAUGUAAUCUUCCUAUAACUGCAACUGAUCCAUCAAUUAAUAGAAAUUCUGAAAAUUAUCAUUGGAAAUGUGUAGUUUGUGUAAAAUGUUCAAAACCAUUGGGUGGUGAAAGUGAUUGUGUAUUUGAAAAUAAUGAAAUGUUAUGUACAGAUUGUGGUACUGAAUUUUUUAAGAGUUGUUCAGGUUGUAAUUUAGUUAUUAAAACAUCAGAUUUUGAAGAAUUGGGUGACCAUAUUUAUCACAGAUCAUGCUUUUUAUGUUAUUAUUGCACAAGUUAUUUAGGUGGUAAAGAUUUUAUAGUUGAAAAUAUCAAUAAUAUUAGAAGAUUUAAAUGUUCAAGUUGUAUUGAUAAUAAAAAUCGACAAAAUGGUGAUGAUGAUGAUAAUAAUAAUAAUGAUAAUAUUGAAAAUAUUUUGGAGAAUAAAAUACCAGAAAUUUGUGAUAAAUUAGAUAAAGAGAUUAUAAAAUUAGUUAUUGAAAUUGAUAAAUCAACAGAACCAUCACCAGUAUCAUCAAUUGAUCCAUCAAUGAUAUUUAAUGAUUUAGAAGAUAAUGGAAAAAGGCGACAAAUGACAGUUGAAUCAAUGAUUUGUAGUAAAUGUGAAUUGGCAAUUAAUCAAAGUAGACCAAUUAUAUUGGAUUGUGGUAUUUAUCAUAGAGAAUGUUUUCAAUGUUCAGAAUGUUUUGAUGAAACCCCAAUGGAUCCAUCAUUAUAUUAUAUUAGAAACGAUAAACCGGUUUGCUUUGAUUGCGAUGUUAAUCAUAUAAUGAAUGAAGCUCAUUCUGAAAUCACAUGUUAUGGUUGUAAAUUACCAAUAGUUGACGAAGUUAUGAUGGAUGCAUUGAAUUUUAAAUGGCAUGUAGCUUGUUUGGUUUGUUCUAAAUGUGCUAUUCAAAUAGAGGGUCAAUUGGGUGACCAUCAAGGUCUAAUCUAUUGUAAAGAUCAUUUCGAAGAAUUGGUAGGUACCAAAUGUGACCAAUGCAACCAAUAUAUAGAUGGCAUGUUUUUAAAAGUUAAUGGUAAAAAUUUAUGUCCAACUUGUUUCAGAUGUUUCUGUUGUAACGAGGUUUUAGAAGGUGGUAAAUAUUUUGAAAAGAAUGGUGAAUCAAUUUGUGAAAAAUGUAGAAAUGAAGAUAUCUUAAAAAGAAAAACUCAAAUUCAUAUUCAACAUACUUUAAUUACAUCUUUAAAAAAUAGUCAACAAAUUUCUGAAAAAUCAUCAUCAUCAUUAUCCACUUCAUCAACGACUACUACCACCACCACAAAUAAUGUAGUUAGUUCAACAUCAUCAACAUCAACAUCACCUUCAACAUCACCAUCAAAUUCACCAUUAUCAUCAUCAAUUCAAAAAGAUGCACCAUUGUUUUGUUUAAAUAAGAGUAGAUCAUUAUUUAGAAAUUCAAUUAAAAUUCAUUUAGAGGAUUUGAAAAAUAGUGGUGAACGUAAAACUUUACUCUAUCCUUCAUUUCAUCGUCAAAUGAGAAAACAAACUUUUAAAACUGCUUAUCCAUCUUUAAGAGGUACAAGAAGAAAAGAUUUUUUAAAUCAUUCAAAAAAUGAAUUAGAUUCAUCAAAUAACUCUUUAUCAACUUUAGUUAAUGCUUUUGUACCACCACAACAAUCAAAUAAUUCAAAUACAACAACUACAACAAAUACUUCAACUUAG